AUGAGCCAUCCAACCCAAAACAGAAUAUCUGUAGGACCGCCACCGAGACGCAAACAGUACAACAUAUUAUUCUUAGGAAAUGCUGGGGCGGGAAAAGCUAGUAUAAAGAAUCGAAUCAUCUACAAUGAAUUCCUUCGACCCAACAGUUUCGACCCGUUCGAAGACGACGGUGAUCUCAAAAUCAUCACGGUGGAUUCCGAACAGUGUAUCGUGAAGAUUGUGGAGCUCAAUUACAAUAAACAACAUCCGGCGAUCCGUGAAAUGUCUAUUCGACAAGCAGAUGGUGUUAUACUGAUGUAUUCCAUUUGUUCACCCUCGUCUUUCUCCGUGCUAGAAUCGCUCUGGACUUCUGUGAAACUGGUGAAAAUUCCGGAGAAAAAGGGGUUAUAUGUUGACAUAGUGGGAACUAUGAGUGACCUGUGGGAGAAGCGGACAGUCAUGACUGAAGAUGGCAAAUUAGUGGCUGAGAGAUUGAAUUGUGGGUUCUCAGAGUGUUCAGCGAAGGAGGGAGAGAAUUGUGAGGGGUUGAUUGAGGAUUUGGUUAGGAAGAUUGGGGUGGGGAGGGAGCAGGAGAGGUUAUUGAGGGAUGCAAAGCGUAGGAAAGAAGAUGAUGAGAGGGAAGAGAGGGAUAAGAAGAAGAAUGGAGUGGUGAAGAGAGUUGUGAAGAGAUGUGUGGAAAUAAUGACGAUGGGAACUUGA